AUGCGCACAUCUCUUGCCAUCCGCACGUCGCGGAACCGGCCAGUUUCACCCUCACAUUCAUGCCCAGCAACCGCAUCAAAAUCAGCAUCCAGCGAAAAUGUAUCCUCUCCAGAUCUCGAGCCGGGUGUGCACGAUAUUGUGUUCCCCAAGGUGUUCGAGGAGGCAUGGGGUACCGGUAGUCUAGACAGCCGGACCGACCUGGAGCGGACUCGCAUAUUUUUGGUCCGUUUCGCCAACAUGAGCGGCGACCCGGCUUUGACGGCGUCGUUGCGGGCCAUCGCCGCCGAUCAGGCAUAUACGACGAUUGCAGACCUCGCAGAAGCAGUCCAACUGCGCUUCCUUGGCACUAGACACGAAUCCUUCAAAGCGACACCGUUGCUGCAGGCCGUCCGCUUCAUCCUCAUCAAGGGCAGCGUGGUACAGAUGGCUUCUGGCAACGUCCACGGCGCCGUGCAAGUGGUUUCCCCGGCCGAUCGGGCACAGGCACGUGCUCUACUCGAUUUCUUCUUCGACCCCGUGCUGGAGAGAAAUGUACAACCUACUCCGAUUGGCGGCUCACGAUACCACUACCCAGCUGCACGAUUAAAAGUCGCCAUCGUCGGUGGUGGGCCGACAGCUCUGGCGUCAGCCAUCUCCCUCGCCGAAAAGGGCCGCGGUCGGGUUGAGGUGCACCUAUGGGAGAGGAGGUGGGUCGAGACGACAACUCCCGACGGCAGGCCCUGGAUCGAUUACCCACCCACGGCCAAGCGGCGAGACCAGGUUGUUACGUUGCAAGAGUCUGUGACCCGGCUGCUCAGCCCGGGGUCAUUGCAAGCACUAUUUGAGGGGAAGCCCGAGGCCGUCUGGCCCGGUUCGGCCAACAUACAGAUCCGCAAGGUCGAAGACCGGUUCCUGCGGCGCUGCCAGUCUCAUGAGUUUGCUGGAUUGAUCCACCUGCAUGCUCGGGGCGUCACGCGAGAGGACCUGAACAGUGGGAGGCUGGGCGAUUUUCACGUUCUACUGGGAGCAGACGGUGCUGCUUCGUGGGUUCGCAAGACAUAUUUUCACGGCUACGAGCAUGAACGUGGCCGGAGUUAUGCACUGGGGCUGGCCUUCAACCGGCCAGCUGGUCUGCCAUGGUCGCAACCUCUUAAUGUGUUUUUGACACUGGGUCAGACCAGAUACCUGCUAAAUGCAUCGCAUUUCGACGGCAGGGGCUAUCUCAACAUGCAACUGACCGAAGAGGAAUGGCACAAGAUGUUGGCGGUCGAUGGUGAGCCCGUCACCUUUGGCCACCCGGGAUGUCUUCGCGCAAAGGAUGGCUCCAUCCCCGAAGGCUUUACAGAGGGCCAAGUUUUCGCCCCGUCCGAAGACAGAGAAUCUCCACUGUGGAAGUCGAUCGAGGAUGGUCUCAAGCUAUUCGGCUUCAAGGAGAGCGAGGUCAUCAACGUCGUCCGAAUCCCUAUCGUCGUGCAGGCCGUCAGAGAAGGCGUGCAGUACCUCCCUCCCGAAGAGACAAGGUCGAUCAACCGCCCGCACGCCCUGGUGGCGGUGGCUGGCGACGCCGCCAUGACGGUGCACUUCUGGCCCGGAAGAGGCCUGAACAGUGGCAUCAAAUCCGGCAUCGCCCUCGGCGACGAGAUUGUGCACGCCCUAAACAUUGGCAAGUUCAUCGGCCUCCCGCUGGACGCCAUGAGCCAGUACAACGACUUUAUCAUGAAGCUUCAGAACCGGGAGCACGACAAGCGGUCCAUCCCCAUCCUCAACCAGUCUGGUUCCCCAGAGAUGCUCGGCUGGCUGCUGGACAAGGCAAAUUCGGUCCCGGACGAAGUCGCCGUCGAGUGGUUGGUUGGCGCCAUGGCCCAGAUCGCCGAGCGUCUCGAGCAGAGGCCGGAUUGGGCGUUUCCCCCUGUUGCCAACGUGGAGCCGCAACUUCGUAUCGUCCUGCGAGGCCUCAACUCGCUGACCUUGCGCGAGAUGGCAGUCAGCUUCCCCUGGCCGACGAGAGAAAUGGGAGGUGCCGAGGUGCUUCCCGUACGGUCGAUGCAGCCCGAAGAGAAGCAGCGGUGGCUGGCGUCGCUCUGGAACAUGCUGCGGGACGAGAAGAAGAAGGAGAGGACCUCGCGCCCGGAUGGUGCCGAGCCCAAGGCAGCGCGCUUCGAGGCCCCUCGCCAAGCCGGCUCCCGCCCGCCGUCCACCCUGCUCUCGCGGCCAAACUCGCACAUACCCACGCCGCCCAUGUCUCCUCCUCUUAAUGUGCCCGACCGGGGCGGCGGGCUGGGUGGGAUUGGGACCCUCCGCCGCAGCAAUGCCAGAAGGAGCGUGCAGCUGACCGACUCGCCGGUCGGUCAGUCGCCGCCGGGCGACGAGAUCACCAUGGACGAUGCCGAGUCGUGGUAUAGACAGUCGAGGCUUCUGCAGACGCCUGCCCGUGAAAGCUUCCUAGGACUGCCGGAUGAUUGCGUGAGCACUAGGUCACGGACGCCUUCGCCGGGACCUCCACCGGCUGGCGACGUUGGGCUGGGCAGGAUGUUGACUGUUCAUCGGCGACCAAAGGGGGACAUGUUGACGGAUGCGUUGUCGCUGGCGCUGUUCCGAGUAAGCUCUGCAGAUUAA